UUGCAAAUUCCAAUACUCUCAUUGGUUCUUACAGUGAAGUACCAUUCCCCAUAUAUUAAAACAUUUGAGACUAACAAAGAGGGUUUCACAUUAUUCUAAAGACUACGAUAAAUAUAAUGAUUGCACGUGUAGGAUUAGGAUUGGCCAGACCAAACCGUUUACUUUCAAGAUCUAGCUUGAGAUUGGUCUCCACUGUCAAGGCUUCCCAUGAACAAGAAAAUGAAAUUCUUUUAGCACAACGUAAGAACAGACCAGUUUCCCCUCACUUGACCAUCUACAAACCACAGUUGACUGCGGUAUUGUCUGGUUUACACAGAAUCACUGGUGUUGCCAUGGCUGGUAGUUUCUACGCCUUGACCCUUGGUUACGCCGUCUCUUCUUUGACCGGUGCCUUCCCAUUGGACUCUGCCCUUAUCACCUCCACUUUCGCUUCCUUGCCAGUUGUUGCCAAGGUUGGUGUCAAGGCUCUUAUGGCUUACCCAUUCGUCUUCCAUGUUGCUAACGGUAUUAGACAUUUGGUUUGGGAUUUCGGUGCUCAAUUGACCAUCCCAGGUGUCUACAGAACCGGUUACGCUGUGCUUGGUGCCACCACCAUCUUUGGUACCUACUUGGCUUUCUUCUAA